AUGUCUGAAGUGGAAAAACUGUUUGAGCGAAUAGAACAGGAUACGAAUGGCCAGCUGGAUAUACUCGUCAACAAUGCUUUCUCAGCCAUAAAAUCAAUCGGAGAUGUAGAUGGUCGGAAAUUCUGGGAAAUGGAACCCGAACUUUGGGAUCAGGUAAGUAGUAUCGCUGUGUACGUUGACCACUCAGAUAUGUCUGAAGUGGAAAAACUGUUUAAGCGAAUAGAACAGGAUACGAAUGGUCAGCUGGAUAUCCUCGUUAACAAUGCUUUCUCGGCCAUAAAAUCAAUCGGAGAUGUAGAUGGUCGGAAAUUCUGGGAAAUGGAACCCGAACUUUGGGACCAGGUGAACAAUGUCGGUCUUCGCAAUCACUACUACUGCAGUGUAUAUGCAGCACGUAUGAUGGCCAAACGUCAAACAGGACUAAUUAUUAAUAUAAGUUCUGCCGGAGGUCUGUUUUAUCUUUUUACGGUCCCUUAUGGAGUCGGGAAGGCAGCGAUGGAUCGUAUGGCAUCCGAUAUGGCAGUCGAGCUGCGCAGCCGUGAAGUUACUGUGGUAUCGCUUUGGCCGGGAGUCGUUCGCACCGAGGUGCUCAUAUAA